GGUGGACUCCUGCAGGUCUGGGAUCCAGGGUGAAGCCUUGCUGCCCCUGAGUUCCGGGCCACUGAGUGCUGUGAGUCGCGGCGCGCUGGGGAGCUGUUCCUCUUUCUCUCAGCCAGGCGUGAUGAGCAUUUUUCAAAACACGGACCCCAGUUUGGACUCUGUUGGUUUCUUCCACACGCGGGCACAGACACUUACACCCACACACCCACACACCCUUCCUUUCAGCGCGUCGGCUCUUCUUGUUUCAGCCUUUGCGCUUUGGAGUCCGGAUUGGAGGCGUAUGGGGAGUGAGGACGUGGAGUGCUGGAGAGGCGAGGCUGGAGAGGAGAGGGCGUCAGCCUAGGGACCUGACUGGAGUAAUGCCUUCUGCAGUUUUGUUAUCUGCAAUGACUCUUCCCUUCGAGGUCAGCCCAUUAUCUUCAAUCCUGACUUUUUUGUGGAGAAGCUCCGACAUGAGAAACCUGAGGUGUUCACUGAGUUGGUGGUCAGCAAUAUCACAAGGCUUGUCGAUUUACCUGGAACUGAGUUGGCCCAGCUGAUGGGAGAAGUGGACCUUAAGUUGCCUGGUGGAGCCGGCCCAGCAUCAGGAUUCUUCCGGUCUCUUAUGUCUCUUAAGCGAAAAGAAAAAGGAGUUGUAUUUGGAUCCCCAUUGACAGAGGAAGGCAUUGCCCAGAUAUACCAACUGAUUGAAUAUCUGCACAAAAACUUGCGAGUAGAGGGUUUGUUUAGAGUACCAGGGAACAGUGUCCGACAGCAGAUUUUAAGGGAUGCUCUCAAUAAUGGAACUGACAUUGACUUGGAAUCAGGGGAGUUUCACUCAAAUGACAUUGCCACCUUGCUGAAGAUGUUUCUAGGAGAGUUACCAGAGCCCUUGCUGACACACAAACAUUUCCAUGCACACCUCAAAAUUGCUGAUUUGAUGCAGUUUGAUGAUAAAGGAAACAAGACAAAUGUUCCAGAUAAGGAGCGCCAAAUUGAGGCUCUUCAGUUGCUCUUCCUCAUUCUCCCUCCACCCAAUCGUAACUUGCUGAAGUUAUUGCUUGAUCUCCUGUACCAGACAGCAAAGAAACAAGACAAGAAUAAGAUGUCUGCCUAUAACCUUGCCCUUAUGUUUGCACCCCAUGUCCUGUGGCCAAAAAAUGUCACUGCAAAUGACCUUCAAGGGAAUAUCGCAAAGUUAAACAAUGGGAUGGCUUUUAUGAUUAAACACUCCCAGAAACUUUUUAAGGCUCCUGCUUACAUUCGGGAAUGUGCCAGAUUGCACUAUUUGGGCUCCAGAACUCAAGCAUCAAAGGAUGACCUUGAUCUGAUAGCUUCAUGUCAUGCAAAAUCUCAGAAACGGAACAGAGAUUUCUGCUCUCAACAGGAGGAAACCCAGCAGCGUACUGAAGAAGCACUGAAAGAGCUGUUCCAGCAUGUUCACAAUAUGCCAGAGUCAGCAAAAAAGAAGCACCUUAUGCGACAGUUUAACAAGCAAUCUGUGACCCAGACACCAGGGCGAGAACCUUCUACUCCCCGGGUACAGAAGAGGGCCCGUUCACGUUCUUUCAGUGGGCUUAUUAAGCGGAAGGUCCUGGGGAAUCCGAUGAUGUCAGAAAAGAAAAACAAGUACUCGACUCCGGAAUCUGUGGACCUUGGUGAAUUGAAUAGAGCCAGCAAAGAAAAUAUGAACUUAUUAUUUUCUGACUCUCCAGCUGUCAGGAUGACACCAACAAGAUUGAAAUGGUCUGAGGGGAAGAAAGAGGGGAAAAAAGGAUUCCUCUGAAGGAUCCAGAGUUCUGUCAUCCACCUAGGAAUUUUCGCUUUAGUGGACCAGGUGUUAUUACUACUCACAGCAAAGCUUGGACCUGCAGCUUGCUUGCUGCAUUUUGAAUUGUGAAAGCCAACUAAUACUACGACCUGACUGAUACCUCUAAUCCUACUCACUGGAUGAUGUCAGCAACCUGUGCCUUCUGAGCGAGUGCUAGGAACUCUUUUUUUUUUUUUUUCCUUCAAUAUUAUGGGAAAACCACUAACCAGCCAACUGGCUUAACACAGCACAGUAUAUGGGCAGAACCAGGCAGGCUCUAAUGCUCAUUCAAAGUGUUUGUUUAGGCAGAUUCUGAAUUUUAAAAAUAUGAAAUUUGUACCAAAUGUCAGUGAUUUUUUUUUUUUUUUUUUUUUUUUUUUAAGUGCUAUCGAUCCUAAUGGAUUGAUGUUAUUUUUAACUGAUUUUUGGCCUUUUCUCUGUUUUGACAAUGUUGGGGGGUGGGAUUUGGUUGUUGCUUUGUUUGUUUGUUUAAAAAGUUAUUUUAGGAAUAAGUAAAGGUCUAAAUGGGCUGUAAGCCAGAUGUUUUCCACCCUAAGCUCUGGGAAAGCUUUUUAUCUCAUGAGGCUAUAUUCCUCAAAACCUUUUUUUGUAUCCAAAAAAUGUAUAGCUUUCCUGAAAUUUUAAAUUAUUUUUUGAGUUUAAAAUUGAAGGUUAUUUGACCUGCAAUAUUGAAAAGGGAUACUUCAAAAUGAUACAAUAUUUUAACAGAUUUCAGUUAUUAAACUGUUCUUCCCUCCCUUUGUCCUUUCUCCAUCCCUCCCUCUUUCCCCCUUUCCUCAGUGAUGCCAGAAUAAUUGUGGGAUAGCUGAGCUUGUUUCCUUCUUUCAAUUUCCUCUUAACUUGAAACAUCUCUAGUGCCAUUGUAAUACUUUUCCCUUUAUUCUUUCUGUGCCAAAUCCCUGUGGCUCAAGCAAAGUCACUGACAGCUUAAUAGACAUUUGCUGAAAUAUUUGUAUGUAGUGGGAAGCUCUAGAGUAUGACUUGGCUGGGGCUGGUUGGCUCUAUGUCACAGGAUGAUUCUUCAUGGGUGGAAUUAUAUUGCAUCCUUCCAAGGGAUCAGGUAUGCGGGCUAGACUGUCCUGAGCGCAAGUUGGAGCCAGAGGAAAGGAACUGAGCAUCAGUCUCUGGAGGGCUGAUAGGAUUUAAAGAAGAGAAUGUUCUUAUUGGAAGCAGUUGUGGCUUAUCACUAGUGUGAAGGAGUGGAUGCUGCCCUGCCCCUCUCCUUGCUGGAAUGGGCUCAGGUAAUAACUGGGAGAUGGUACUGGAGCUUUGGCGGAGUUGGGAUGUCUACAUGUGUUUUAUGUGAACAAUGGCAUGGCUUUGAUCUAGUAUAAAAGAUUCACUGCCCAAAGAGCAGCAUGUCGCAGGGAGACUAUUCAGGUUUGUGCCUGGCUCUUUUAAGCCAUGUAACUGUUCUCUUCUGUGUGUUGGAGCUGAGUCAGGCCCCUAUAGUUAGCUGCCCAGGAAAGUAUGGUUUGCUGACCUAUUUUAAGCUAUUGAAAAUGCUGUGUUAUUGCUGAAACAAAAGAUGCUUCUGAGGGAGCAGAGUUUGACUUUAUGUCUGGUGUCAGCCUUUUUUCUGUACUUUGUUUCUUUUGCUGGUAACUGCAGUAGUGACGAAAAAUGUAAAAUUUGGCCUUCCAGCCUGACAGAUGGUGAAUGAUAGAUGAUUAGGAGUAUAAAACUGCUUGAAAGCCUCUUUAUCUAGAGCUGUUUUAUAUCGUUCUUAAAACUUUAUUAUUAGCAAAUUCAUUUGUGCAGGUUUCUAUUUGCCUUUUUUUUAAUUAAGAAAAUUAGAAUUUCUUGUACCAGAUACCAGUAAAUUCAAACAGAAACCCCUUUCGGUAUUACCAGACUGAAGUGUCCUCCCGUAACUUGAUACUUCCUUUCCUUAUUGUUCAAGUGUGUUUCAUCCUUGAGUGGUGACAGCCUUUUAAACAGGAUCUGGCAUCAGGUAGAGAAAGCAGAUACGGCCUUUGCACUGAUACCUCUUUGCCAUUGAAUUAGUGUUGUGGAUCUUCUUGAAGGAGGUAGCUGAGAUUUAGGAGAGGGUGAAUGGAACCAAUAUCCAAGUGUAAUGUUCUUAGGGCUAGGCUGGUGAGAAAGAUGUUUAUAUCUGCACACACUUUGAUAAAGCUGGUCCCCUUGGGCAGUUUAUGUGUGUAUUUGGGUAUGUGUGUUUUGUUUAAGUUAUUUAUUGAAUAUUCUGUCCCUUGCUUUAAGGGUGUAUAAGUCAUUUUCCUUAUAGAAACUGUGAUCCAGUUGGAAUCCAAAUUUAAGGAGUAAGCAGUAUAACCUUCUGCCUUGUGAUCUGAAGCUGUUCUAUUCCUGUGAAACCUUAUGGAGAACUCAAAGACAAAAAUCCUUUAUCAUUUGCCACAGAAGGGUACUGCCUGCCUUCAGAUCUGUUGGUCAGGUACUAUUUUUGAGCCAGUAUUUAACACAUUUUAAAAAUCUGUAUUGUUUAUUCUAUUUUUGUUAUGUUUAUUUUUCAUGUUGGGACAAUUUCUUUGAAAAUGCCUCAUCUUGUGGUUUUUUAAACAUUUUUUUCUUUCUGGGGUCAUUUGUGAUGUGUUUUGGUAUGGUAUCAAUAUGAUGCAAUGCAGAGACACAGACAUAAAAAUGCAGCCCACCUCCUUGAUUCACAUCUGUGAACUACACUGGCUGAAUCAGUAAAAGACCUAGGCACUGGAGUUUUUAACCUUUUACAGUGAUGGACUUUUGCAUGGGGACCAAUGAAUCUGGUUGGAAAAACCUUACUGCAGUAGUGAAGGAGGAUUAGGAAAUAUUGAUUGUACCUGAGUGCCCUAACAUAUUAAAGGAGCAGGUAGUCAGUGAAUCAUAACUCAAACCACCCUUAGUUGAUCCUCCACAAAUGGGAAGGAAAGGUCUUUACCCUGAAUGUCCUUCUAGAGUCAGUUAGGUAUGACAAGGGAUACCUUUUGGAAAAGGGGUCAGUGCAGGACUGUUGACCACGGUGACCACUGGGUGUUGCAGAGGUGGCUCUUCUCUUGGCCUACAAGGAAGCCAGUUGAUCACAGGAUGCCAGAGCAGAACCAUUUCUUCCUUCUAAAUAGAAAUGUUUCCGUUCCACUUCCCUCAUGGGGCCCUAUAUUAGGAUAUGGUUUAAAAUAUUGCCUUCCAAGAGAACUUGUGGUCAUUGAGAGAGUGCCCCAUAGUCUAUAACUGGGGAAGACAUCUUUAGCAACAGACUUUUCUAGACUCUUUCUGUUUACUUUGUAUAGGGCCUUGCACAGACACUUGAAGCUGGUGGCUCCCGUUCUGAGAUCUUUUCUAAGUAGAACUCCUUUCCCUGUGAGACAGUCUCAUACCUGCCUUCUUCUUCUCUGAACACUUCAGACUGAAGGUAGGACCUAGAUUCAUACCAGGAUAUAGCAUUUGGCAAGAAUUCAGGGAAUAUUUGGGAUCCGAAGAUUCAUAAGCUUUUUAAACGAGUGGUAAUUAGCCCAGUCUAAAACUUGCUAUAUUCUAGAAAGCUGGCUGCGAGCUUUCCAACAGUAUAGACCUCAUGGAGGGGCUAGUGAGGAAGUGCAGUACAUAAUAGCCUGAGUGCUUGGGUUACCAUGGAAACUGGAGCUCAUGAGGCCAUAGCUAGUGCUAUAGAGCCAUUGAGCAUUCCUCCACACGUCAGAGAUCAGCAGAACCUGAUGGGAAAAACAUUCCUCACCCCAGGGUCCUUUCUUCAUAGCAAGGGUUGUCUUUGCACUAUCUCUGAGCUUGUCAGCAGGAGAAACUAGAUUUCUUGACUAGUUCACCAUUUUGAAAUUUUCAUUCUUAUUUGACUAUAUAUUAUACACAUAUAUAUAUAUGUAACUGUAAAGAAACAAUCAUAUGUAUUGUCUUUCUUUUAUACACAUGUAAUAUUCUAAAAUUAAAUUUCUUUUGUUUCAUAUCUAAAGGCUUAGACUGGUCUCAUAGUUCCACAUUUUGACUGAUGGAUUAUUUUCAGGGGGAGAGAGGUUACCUCUUGUUCUAAGGAAUGUGAGGCCUCGAAAAAAGCUUCAUCUUUGGCUUAUUUUCCAGCUGGGUUGGUGGGUUCAGGGGGAGCAGGGCUUUUGGCUGAUAAGUAAUUCCCUGAUUGGCACUUCAGGGAAUUCUGAGUUCGUGACUUCUUGUGGCUGUGUCUGGCAUGCUUUGCACAGAUUCCAGUUUCUUACAUGAUCUUUAUUUCUCAUUUAAAAAUAAGGAGUAAGGAGUGAUAGUUAUGGUAUCAGUAAAAACCAGGGUGACAUUUUCAUCAGGAGCAGCAAGGUUUAGUGUUUAGACAACUUGUUAAAAUGUUGUUUCUGCCAUUUAUUACAUGUGUGACCUUGGAUAUGUCCCUGAACCUCUGUCUCCUCAUCUGUAAGGUGGGAAAAUGGUAUCUAUCUCAACAGUGCUGUGCUCUCAGUGGGUUAACAGAUGUAAAGGCCUAGCAUUGGAGGCCCAUGUUUGUGCUUCAGGACAGUUAUUUACCUCUGUAAUUCUAUGUAAAAUUUUGUGUACAUUUGCAUUUUUCUGUGGAAGAGGUUUCAUAGCUUUCAUUUAUUCCAGAGGAGUCCUUGAUGACCAAAAUAUUGAGAACUUAGCCUUACACAGUGCCUGGCACAUAGCAAGUGUUCAUUAAAUGUUAGUUCUUUCUCUUUUUUUGAGAAUACAUUUUAUAAUCAGCAGGUUAUUGAUGCUGACAUAGUUAUUUUUGAUAAUGAUGGAGAUUCUUAAAUCCUGAAUAGAAAUUAAAACCCUGAAGUUAUCUUUACUCCAUUACCUACCCACACACUCCUCUUUUGUCAUGUUACCUCCCCAGGUUCUACUCAGAUCUGUUUGUCCCCCUCUCCCCAUCCCCCAAGGGCCAACUUGUAUUAUUUACUGUAAAGAAGUGAAGCAUAGAGAGGCUCUUACAGAUAGAAUAUGAGUAACUGGUUAAUACCAAAGAAAAGAAAAGGGGAUAGAGAAGAGAAGAGAGGUAUUUUGAAAAAUAGAAUCAAGAUGCCAAGUACAAUGCUGAGCACAUAAUCAUUAGUAAUCGUUGAACUGGACAUGCAUUAAACAUUGGAAAGGGGAGAUAGGAAACAGAAAACCUGGGAGAGUUUUCCUCUUACUCUCCCCUGCCUCACUGACUGGUUCUAUAGUCUUUGUCCCUAUGGAGGCCUGGCCUACUUUUUGCUCCUGUCUCCAUUCCUAGAUUACAGGCAUACAAGGGGUGGGAAUGGUGAAGAAGGCUGAACUCUAGGCUCGAGGGCUGUGCUGCAGAGUUUGCUUGUUUAAAUGCUGCUUGAAGGCCCCACUUGUCUUCUUGGUGUCCCCCAUGAAAACAGGCAACCCAAAAUUGGGGUCCAGCAGUGGCCAGGUCUUGGUCUAAGAGGGACAUUAAUAUCAUAUCCUUGAGUAGCAGCACCUAGUUCCCAGAUCCUGAGAGUCUUCUACCUUGGAACUAGGAUUGAGGUUAGCGAGAGAGGCUACCAUUGAUUGGUACUUGUACUGAAGAAUGCUUAAUUCAAUUGAACAUACCUGUGGGCAAGAGAGAAAGGAAUUAGAUUGUCUAAAAAUUGUGGGCCCAGAAGCCAUUCUUCAGCGUGCAGGAGUAGGGGAUUGCUUAUAAAAGCUCCUCCUGCUUAUGCACUUUCCAAUUUUCUGACAUUGGUAGAGGAAUACAGUAGGGCAUCUAAGGAGUUAAAAUCUCUUGUGAAUGAAAAUCUAAUGCCACAAUUUAUUGGGCACUUACUAUGUACAAACUUUAGGCUAGCCUAGUAUUUACUUGUCUUGCUAAAUUCAUGCAUCUUUGUGAGGUAUUGUUAUCCCCACUUUUAUGGUAAAAGAAACAUAGGAACUGUUCAGUAACAUAUCCAAUGUCAGCUAAAAAGUGGCAGAGCCAGGAUUAACAUCCAGGGCUGUCUGACUCUUAAGAAUUGUGGUCUUAUCAGGGGUGAGACACCCCAAUGCCUAUAGAAAGGAGCCAGGUAGGUGAUGUAAGGUAAUGAAAAUGACAAGCGCUUCAAGACACUAAAAACACCGUGAGAGCCAAACUCAACUCUGUGGCCUGGAUUUGGCCCAGAAGCCACACUUACAUUGUCUGCCGGACAUUGUACUGCUUAGUCUUCUGGCUGGUUCCUGAGUCUGUAUAGGAUAUUCUCCAGAGCUUCUUACUGCUGAUUCUGGGAUGAUAGCAAGAAGUGUGCCUUCCAGAAAGAUGGUAAAAGGUGUUCAGACCCAGGAGGUGUUCACUGACACAACCCUCCCUCACCCUACCUCCUGGCCCGGGCAUCUGUGGCGAGAGUGUCUAUCCUCAUUUCUUUGCUCUCCCAUAUGCCAGAACUGCACUGUCUAAUAGGGUAGCUGUUGGGAGAAGUGACACCUGUUACUUCCUCCAGGUGAGAAGUCUGGGAUGUCAGCCCACUCCAUGCUUUGCAGGUGUUGGGGUUGCCAACAAAAGCACGACUCAGACAGGCACUGGAUGGAACAACACUUUACUCUCAUAGAAAAGUGACAGAGCAAGAUCAGCUUCAAUAGUGGGCAGCGAUCCCCCAUGCCCAGAGCAUCUUGCUUUGCAACUGACAUGGGGAUGUGGUCUACAUGCACUACAUCCGGUGCUGUAAGUGAGGGAAAUACAUACCAGAAUUUGGAGACUGAAUACAAAAAAAGUGUAAAAACAUGCCGAUAAAUUUUUUAUAUUGAUUACAUGUCAAUAUUUUUGCUACAUUGUAUUAAAUAAAAUAUAUAUUAAAA